AUGGCUUCCUCUGCUAUACAACCGGACACCCCCCCCACAGGGAAACACCUCAUAAACAGCCAUACAAACAAUUCACCCACUAUCACAACACUCACACCCGGACUCCCUCUCACCUACUUGACUGCCCUAACAAACACUGCACUGACAUUCUGCCAUGCCAUUGUACUUGGGUCUAAUGACCCUCUGACAAAAUCUCACACUUGGCGAGAAAGUACUAGCCAGUUCUCUGUUUACUACACUACUCCCCUGGAAACUUCUCCCAAAUUCAUUGUUUUCUUUGAUGCUCUGCUCCAGUCCUUUUUGCCUGGCGAAAUCUUUGGCCUGAACCCUUCCAAUAAAGCUGGUACCCUCUUUGAGCUCCACUUGAGCUCCAAAGAUCUGACUUUGUCAAAGCUCCCCCGAUUACCUUCUCAAGAGUACACUACCUUGGAUACCAAACUUCGUAAUGCUCUCACAAAAUAUGGCUAUGUGCAUGAUAUCUCCAUUAACACGUUGUUUGGGUUUAUGGAUGGAAGUGGACACGCAUAUAUGGAGCGUCCUCCAUAUGAGGAAGGUGCCCUCCUUCCACUUCGCUUUAAAAUGGAUUUCGAUGAUAACACAAUGUUCUUGGCCACUUGGCUCAAUAUGGGAGCCCAUUGCGCUCUAUGUCAAACCAUGGGCCAUGACCGUGACAACUGCCCCAAUCAACUAAAAGAAACUCACUCGUGCUAUGGCUGCCAUCAGGUCGGCCAUUUUCGCUCUAAAUGCCCUCAUGCUGCCAAAGUGAACAACUCAUACAAAUGGGAUUGCAAGGUUCCUGAACCGCAUGGCCCCCAUCGCACCACUGCCACCCACAACUGA